AUGGUCGACUGGCAGUCUCCAGAGCAGAUGCAGAGGCAGGCGAUGGCCUUCACCAACCUCAACCACGCCCUCUUUGGGUUGUAUCUGUAUGAAUGGUUUCUGUCCCUCCAAUUUGACAUCGCCUUCGUGAGAGGGAAGCGAAAGUUCCGCUGGCCUAUGAUAUUUUACUUCGCCAACCGUUAUCUACUCCUAUUCGCAAUGAUCGGCAUAAUCAUCUCAUUAGAUGUCGUAUCGGAGAUCAACUGUCAAGCACUGUACACAUUUAACCAAAUUGCGGGGGACGCUGCCGUUGGACUGGCGAGCAUUAAUCUUGCAAUUAGAACGGUUGCGAUUUGGUCUCACAACCGCUGGAUUAUCUUUGGCCUGGUUCUGAUAAUCCUGGGACACUGGUCACUAAUUCUCCAAGGAGUCCAAUUGAAGGCAUCUUGGGUCGAUGGCGUUGGGUGCGUUAUUACGGAGACGAACAACAAGAUCCUUGCUGCCAUCUUCAUCUACUCCAUGUGCUUUGACCUAAUCACCUUGUUGAUCAACACAUACAAGUUGUUGGGUCUGAGUAGCAGAGUAUCUCGCGGCUUGGGUACCAGUCGGCUGUCUCAAAUGAUUUUCGAGGAUGGCCUAAUCUUCUUCUUCAUCGCAUUCAUCGCGAACCUGACCGCGACGGUUUUUAUGGUGCUCAAUCUUAGCCAGAUCAUGAGCGUCAUUUUCAAUGUUCCUGCAGCAGUCUUCAGCACGAUCGUUGCUUGUCGUGCAGUCCGAAGAUUAACCAACUUCAACCUCAAAGGAAAUGGGGUUGUAGAAAUCUAUACAUCGGGUACCCAAUCCUCAAAUGCACAAGCAAACCGGACUGGGCGACCUCCGACAGCGACAGCACAUCAUAUCACCAAGGGUGGGAUCAAGUCCGAUGGUGUUCAUGUUCAGAUGGAAACCUUCUCACACGUCGAGAACGACGACUCGUACGAGCAAGCUGGCAAUGGGAAGAGACGAGCGGACAGUGAGACUGACGUGGAAGUGGACUUGGAAGCAGCAAAAGGGUCGAGGCUUUGAGCCUCCUUUGACCGCGUAUGUAAUUCGGGAUAUCGGUCCUAAUCUCCCAACCAGACGACAAAGUGUUCGCACUUCUCACUCCUUCGAGCCCAGACUGCAACGAAUGCAUCCGCGUUAUGGACCUUCACUACAUUCCUUCGAACAUAUCUUCUAUCCUUUAUCUAACCUCUAGCUCAUUCCCUUCGAGAAACCGUUCCUUUUACUACUCGUGUAUAUUAGACUCGUAUGUACGUACACGUAUCUUGGUGAGUU